CUGAAAUCGAAUGGAUAGAUUGAACUCGGUCCUCGUGCACGAAAUCCGCUGAUUGCUGCUUGUGGUUUUUGGUGUAGUUCGCAUCUCUCUCUCUCUCCCAGCUGGCUGUGGGAGGAGUCCGCCAGCAGGAGCGUGGUAUCAGACAGCCUACCUGCCAGCCAGCAUGGGAAAGAAAGAGUAUGCCAAUUGUGCCGUCUCAGUUGAAGUCAUUAUGUCCGUGACGCUAAUGUGAUGCGCUGAUGAAGACUGACUUUGGAGUAAGACGGCGAUGUGUGACGUCGGUGUGAUGCGAGUGAUGUCAGUCAUUGGUCCGAAGUGGAGGUAGAAGCAAUGGAGGGAGGGAUAGCUUGCUGGCUGGCCCUCGGGCUGGGAAAAUGGAGAUUUGUUGAUCAGGAAUCGAGAGGGAGUGAGAAGUAGGGGCCUAGUAGCGUUGGACCAACCGAUGGGCAGUGGACUUUGCAGCCGCUGGGCAUAAUCUUUGGAGAAAUGGGGAUCCGCUCCUCAUCGCUCCUGCUCCCACAAUAUGUCUGACAGACACAUCGUCUGUCUCAUAAACGCAUGCUCACCGUGGAGUGCGUGCGACUAAGUUUGUCCGGCAGGCUUUGUAAUUUACAGACACUCGAGUACAUCUGUUAGAAACGGUGGGUCGGUAUGGGAGCAAAAACAGCCAGAAGUCGUGGCGGUCGAGGCGAGGUCAAGAGUUCCUACCAUGGCUGGUGGCGUUUUGGUCAUUUCUUGCGGGCAGAGAUCACCAAUUGGUCGUAUUUCGCCAGGGUCGGAUCGCUCGGUUUUGACUCGAACGAGGAGUUCCGAAACUGGUCUAGGCAGUAGUAAAGUCUUCAAAGUGGUACUGGGAUUGAGAAGAAAAGGAUUUGCUGGAAGAGAAUGCAAUCGGAAGAGAAGUAUCGGUUGCGCUUUCGGAGGCGGUGGGUCAGACACCGAAUCUAGUAAUGUGGAAUUGCCGGUCCUCACACUCUACGAGCUGUUAGAAAUAUCUCAAGACGUCGGCCUUUCGGAAAUUAAAACUGCUUACAGGCAAAUGGCGCGCCGUUAUCAUCCGGAUGUGUGCCCGCCGGCCGCGAGGGAUGAAUGCACCAGAAAGUUUUUGCAGGUGCAGGAGGCCUAUGAAAUUCUGGUGGACCCUGACUUACGAGCCGAUUAUGAUUUUCGGCUUCGAAAUCCUUUAUCCGUCCAAGCGCUUACCUCAGGAUUCGCUUACGAUCGGAGAUCUGGACAACGGCGGCGCGGAGUUACCCAUGGCGAGGUCGUUGCGAAGGAAGCAUGGAAAGCUCAUUGGGAAGAACAGGUGGGCGAACUGAGGAGAUCAGGUCGGCGUAAGCCGGGCUCGUGGGCUGAAAGAAUGAGGCAACGGGGAGAAGGUUCUUCUUAGAGCACACAUACAUACCUGCGCUGUUUAUUACUUCCCAAAUUCGGUCUACUGUGUUGUGGUUCAGAAGAGGUAGAAGUUUCGAUUUUCAUGUCAGACGUCGGUGCAUGGCCUCUCCACGGAAUUUGUCUUGGCCUGGGUGAAGGACGUCUGACAUCAGACAUGCACGGAACUUUCGGUUUUGGGCUUCAACCUUGCGCAUAAUGUACUUGAGAUAAAUAUGACCUUGAUCGAUCAGCUGUUGAGUGAAGCCACAAUCUUUUAGACGGUUCUUUUGUAGCGGAUCCAGGUAAGCAGCGGCACCGUGGAGAGGCUGAGGAACAUAUUUUCACUGAAAGGGCCAAUAUUUUCACUGUCAGAAAAAAUUGUCACGUUUUCACCGUUGGCACCGUUCACAAAAACGGGUGAAAAUGUUCAUCACGUGGCUGAAGAUGGAUCUUCAGUUUGGCCGGCAAUAAACCGAGGAGAUAAAGAGUCGGUGUAUUGAAUAGCUCUAGAAACUUGCUAGCCAACUUGAAGUAGUCCAACAAUUGAAUGAGCUCUUUGAGCACAUCAACAUAGAUCUUCUCGGUGGGAUUCUUUUGUUUUUUCUUUUUCAACAAGUUGAUGGUUUCAUCAAGUUCAGUAGCCAUAGAUUAAAGCAUGAUAAGGAGACCGUCAAAGGGUGUUGUCACGUCUUGCUUCAUCUUAUGCUUCAGUUCCUUAUUCAGAUACGUCUGCUUCAUGUAGGUGACCAGCGCCUUUGAAUUAUC